UUUGUUUUUCAUUCGUGAAGAAAGAUGACAUUGCAGAAAAUCAUGAAUCGAUUGUGCUUGAACUAAAUAAAUCAUGGCCAUUUUGCGCAGUGUGAAUCGAGCAGUAGCGUCCACGAUUUACGUAAAACUUCAUUAGACAUAAGCCUACCCCCCAGAACUGUGGGGUCACGCGGUGCGGACGUCGGACCCCACAGUUCUAGGGCAUGGAGGUAAAUGAAUCAUCAGCUAUGGCAGCAGGGAGUAAUUGAUCGGGAGGAACAUGGAGAUUACAUUUAUACCAAUAAUCUUGAACCAUGGGCACGUGGCCAGGACAUGCCUUGCCGGGUGCUUUCUUCAUUCUGUACGCCAUCUGGUGGAUGGUACAGUUCACCUAUGAGAAGGUCGCCCUUGACAGCGGCCGGUUGCAGCCAGCUGGACGCAUCCUUCGCAAAGUGCAUCGCUGGCCCAUCGAGGGGGUGACUAUUAUGGUAGCUGGGAUCAUUGGUUUCAUAGCUGAGAUGAUGUACCCAGCCCCCAAAUGGACCCUGAUUGGCGCUGACGGUCAGUUCAAACAUUCAGCCGAGUGGCAGCAUUGUACUAUGUACACGUUCUUCUCGGUGUAUGGGCUGGUGGUGACCCUGUCUAAGACCUGCCUACCUCAGGCCGAGCGCUACACCAAGAUCUUCGGCAGCCUGGCAUUCUUCAUCGAGGGCAUGCUCUUCUAUUUCCACACUGACGGCCGCCCCGAUUUGGACAUCCGCCUGCAUUUCCUGGAGGUCAUCGCAAUUGCCUUCUGCGCCAUCUUCAGUGCAGUCGAGGCCUGGUGCCCGAAGGAUGACCGCAUCCGGGUCAUGCGCUACACGGCCACGCUGCUGCAGGGCACCUGGUUCUUUAUGGUAGGCACUGUGCUGUACUGGCCACCUUCGGGAGAGCAGUGGGAUAUGGAAGACCACCGCAACAUGAUGUUCAUCACUGUGGCUUUCGCCUGGCACAUCCUGCUGGACAUUGUCGUUAUGCUUAUCGUCUAUGGGGUGGUUAGGUGCAUCUUACGUCUGACUGGGUGUGUAGGAGUGCGUUACCAGCCCAUGAACGACGGUGUUGAAGCAAUUGAGUUUGAAAGCACAAAGCUAAUGGACAAUGGCCAGCCAGGCCAUACAGGAUCAGACAUUGAGAGUGACUAAAUUUUCCUCUGUCUCAGAGCUGCCAAAAUUUAUAGGUCAUUGGAAGAAAGUCUGGCCCUAAACCUAGCACCAGAUCUCAUGAAGGAGUUUAGAUUGGAUUCUACAAAUUAAAGUCAGUUUGCAUCGCAUUAAUGUGCAUGGAAAUCAUCAUUGACUCCUUCCUGAAUGCUUUUUCGAUUGCGUAGGAUAAAUUGUUCUUUUUCCAUCAGUUUUCGUGUUAAAAAGAAGAAGCAGGAAUUUUCAUGAAGACUCCUUUUUGAGGUCGGGUACAAAAAAAUGAGAUCACAAGAAAUGAGCAUGUCAUACUUGUCGUGUAAGCUUGACCAAAGAAAAUGCGAAAUCUAGCAGUGCCAGUGAAUGACUGAAAUUCAAAAUUGUAUGACAUAGUAUAUUGAUGCUAGGUUGGUCUUGUACAAAUGAAACUAUUAUGAAGCUUAUGCUAAUGGAAAGGCUCUGUUGUUAAAUGUAACAUUUGAUCUGAGAGUGUAUAUCAUGUAAACAUUUGCAUAGUGUAGUAAUGACUUCCAUGUAUCACCCUUUAUUUCGAAUGUGAGUUAAAACCCUUACAUUUUCCAUGAAAUCGCACUAGCUAUUGAACAUUUACCCAAACCUGGAAUUGGCAACAAAAUGAAAUCGGACAUGUUAGGAAGAAAGAGUAACGUACCUGUGCAUGCAUGAUUUAUUAGUUGUUUGAGGUUGGGGGGCAAUAGGACGCUUCAUAUUAGUACUCACAUGAUAAUCCUCAGAUUUCAUCCUGGCUUCAAUAUUUCAUUAAUUCUGAAUUGUUAACAAGUUUUUGUGGGCAGAGUUCACCUUCUCUGCUUUUUUUUUUAAUUGAGCAUUGUGAGACUUCCUGGUGUUGCUGUGAACUUUGAUCUUUACACACUUUGUAAUAGAUAAAAUGUUGACAUAGUACACAUUAAGGUUGCGUGCAUUGUUCUUUUGAUAUUUCAUUGUAUAUCUGCAAAGGACAAUGAAACUCAAAAGACUCACAAUGUGAAGGUUGUAGGCUACUUGUUUCAAAAGAGAAUGUUUUUCUCAUUCAUUUUAUAAGUCUGAUCAAAUCCGUUUAUCUUUAUAUGUACUUCUAUGUGACACUUUGCAUUCAUUUAAGUUAUGAUGCAUGUAUCGUGGGGACGUGAUUUUUUUACUUGAAUGUUAAUUUUGGGUUUCAAAGUGGUAGUGGAUUUGGUGUGUGUUGUCAAAAAGCUGUAAAAUGGUGCAGGAUUGAUAUCUGCAUAAAUUAAUUCUGUCUUAUAAAAAAAGAUCUUCAGUUUCAGACUGCACAUGUAUGCUAACGAAAUGUGGUACCCGCUCAGUAAUGUUUGAAAUGGUGCUGAAACAUAUCCCAAAUUCUGUAGUCUGUACAUAUCAAAUGAUUUCGAUCCGACAGACUCACAAAUUUCUGUUUCAAUCCAAGCCAAUGAAAGUUUCAAUAUUUAUUUGAAUACCGUUUGCUUUUGUAAAUAUGUGUACAACUGAUUGGAAAAUGUAUGAGGUGUACAUAUGAGAUACUUUGUCUAAAUAUAAUUCUAGAAAUUUGGUUCAGAACAUAGACAGCUGAUAAUGUAAGUCACUGAAAAGACUGCAGGUGUAUGAUGUGUUCUUGAAAUUAAUAGAGGCACCAUUAAUUAACUAAUGAAUUUAUUGUCCUUAUUGCCGGACACCUGUUCAACCUGUUACUGAGACUGUUGGUUGUGCAUGUAUUUGGUGUUGAGGAUGCUAAUUUAAUAGAGGGCGAUCAUUAUUUUUAAAAAUUCCAGUAAUUUAAUUGGCUUUCAUUAAUGCUUUGACUUGUUGAUGGCAUUUUUUCCCCAUUCUUUCUGUAGUUGUUGUCAAGAAAUGUUUAUUAGAAGUGCGGCUGUAACCGAAUUUUCUUUUGGGCAAAACAUGUCAAAUUGUGUGUAGACUGUGUGCUCCGACUUGAGAUAACACAGAAUUUAAAUGUGUCUUUUCAGAAACCAACUAUCAACUGAAUUAACAGAAGUUCACAGCAUGUUGUUGCAACUAGAAAUAACACAUGGCUCAGUCCAUUUCUGUAUAGAAUUUUGGCUGUUAUCAGGACAUGGCAUUGGAACAUACGAUGGUUAUGCUUGGCGUCCAAGUCUUGUUUCUCCUCCUAGUUCAGCUUAUCGUCGUUCGACUACUCUGGAUCUCAGGCCACUUUAGUUCUUGUUAAACUGCAUUCCAUCCACAGUGACCCGAUUGUUGUAAAACCAGUGUCAAAUUUAAUUGUUUAAGGUUUCUGAAGUUCUGAACGUGUAUUCUUACAUAUCUCAACAGUACUGAACUACAGCACUUUCAUCCAAACCGUUGUACAGGGCAAGUUAUGUAGCGUAUUGUAUUAAUUGUCAUCUUAUUGAAACAUAAAUUUGAAUUUUUUACAUGUAGUUAAAAACAUAUGAUGCAAUUAAUAAAUUGUGAUAAUUGCAUAGCAGAAUUGGGAACAGGGUUGAUUUUUUUCCUAAUGGCAGUUUUGUGGAGUCUUGUGGUGAAAUAAAUAGAACACGCUCUGUGGCAAAAUUCACACCUCGUUAUAACUCAA